AUGGCCGCUGAAGUACAACUCCUACAGCCUUUGAAGCUGCCAAAGGGUCCCUCGACUCUCACGUCGGAGCAAAACUACUGGAACUCGUUCGCCUCAGAGCUGCGCCUCGACCCGUCGCAGCAUUCGUCGCCCGUAACCCAUAUCUCGAUACCGCCUUCUCAGCCCGCAAAUGCGCUGUCUGCCGCCCAGGAUCUUUUCGCCGUGACGACUGGAUCCCGUGUUCAGAUCUUCUCCUCUAAGAGCCGAAAGGUCGUCAAGACGAUAUCGCGCUUCGGCGUCGACGACAUUGCGCAUUCGGGAAACAUACGGCGCGAUGGCAGGAUCUUGGUCGCAGGAGGCGACACUGGUGUCAUACAGGCCUUUGAUGUGAAGAGUAGGGCGAUUUUGAAGACAUGGAAGGAACACAAGCAGCCUGUCUGGGUGACACAGUGGAAUCCAACCGACCUCACGGGUUUGAUGAGUUGUUCCGACGAUAGGACUGUGCGACUAUGGGAUCUGCCGAGUGAGAAGAGUGUGAUGAAGUUUGAUGGGCAUCAGGAUUACGUGCGCAGCGGUACAUUCAUGCCUGCGCAGAGUGGGCUACUUGUCUCCGGAAGUUACGAUCAAACGGUACGACUCUGGGAUUCGCGAGUGGGCGGAAAGGCGGUCAUGGUAUUCAAGCAUGCCGCGCCCGUCGAGACCGUUCUACCCAUGCCCUCUGGUACUGCUGUCCUCGCAGCAGCCGACAACGUGAUCAGCGUGCUCGACAUUGUAGCUGCGAAGCCGAUUCAAAUGUUGCGCAACCACCAGAAGACGGUUACCGCGCUCUCGUUGGCGAACAAUGGCGAGCGUCUUCUCUCUGGUGCCCUUGAUGGCCAUGUCAAAGUUUUCGAAACAACUGGCUGGAAUAUAGUGGGAGGAAUGAAGUACCCCUCUCCCGUUCUGUCGCUUAGCGUUAUUCCGAACCAGAAGGAGGAUCGGCACAUCGCCGUGGGCAUGCAGUCUGGCCUGCUCUCAAUCAAGACCCAUCUCUCAGGCGAGCAGAAGGUGCAGGUUCGUGAAAGGGAGAAGGAAAUGAAAGCUCUCAUGGAGGGCAAGAUUGAGGAGUACGACAGGAGCAAGAAGCGGAAGCGCGGGAAGGGCUGGGAAAAGCGCAUACGAGGCAAAGACUUCACAGGCGAAAGCGCAGAUAUAGUCAUUGAAGGCAAUGCGCGGGGAAAGAUUACUGCUGGACAGCCUUGGGCGCAUGCAUUACGAAAGGGCAUGUAUUCGCAGGCGUUGGACAUGGUACUUGAAUCAAAGGAUGCGAACGCGCGCAGUCAGUCUCUCACGCUCCUGACCGCUCUACGUCACCGCUCUACUCUUCGCACCGCCCUUAGCAAUCGCGACUCGGUAACACUCCAGCCCAUUCUCCGCUGGUGCAUAAAGAACAUAUCCGACUAUCGUAUCACACGUCUGACGACAGACGUUGCCUUGGUAGUACUGGAUCUUUAUGCCGACCAACUAGGCAGAAGCGAAGAGGUCGACGAUCUGAUCAUGGCGCUUAUGCAACGUGUCAAAGUGACAGUUGAAGCAAGUCAAGAUGCUUGGAAAGUGAGGGGUAUGUUGGAUAUGCUCGUCAGCAGUGUGGGCGCAACAGAGGGUGUGGAAGCAUGA